AAGCCCUGACUUAACCCUAGAUAGUCUGCUGUGUUUGUAUUUUCACUGUGGUUAUGAUUUUAGAUCAGGCAUGUUAAUAUAGGGAUGGAUCAAUUCUAUUUUAAGUCUGUCGUUGGUUUGGCGAAGAAAUUGGCCAAGAAAAAGAAUGCAAGAUUGGACCAGGUGAAGUUGCUGAAAGAGUUUUGUCCCAAGAUCAUAAACGGGUCGUACCAACUUGACAAUCGUAACUACUUUGGAAUUAUUGCUCUAAGCGUUUAUAUUGUUGAAUCUAAACUUGAGCACCAUGAAACAUUGGUUCCUUACUUGGUUGAUUUAUUGCGAUAUCUACCUUCAGCUGCAUGGAGGAAAUGUAAUGUGAAUAAACAAGAGCAACUCCCACUCCCAGAAAGAUUUGCAUUUUGUUUAACAACCGUCCUUAGUGAUGUCAUAAUCAUCUCGUUGUCGGGUGAAUACAAAGUCAGUUACCAUGACGAUAUAACAACAGCGUUUGUUGAUACUAUUACAUCACUAUGCAAAGUGUCAAUCUCGUCAAAUAUCACUCAAGCUACUUUAUACAGCAUCGUACUCCCAACAUUACUUGGUUUGUUACGUGGUUUCACCCGCACACCCAACCACCCCAUGUUUACCUCUGUGUUUGGUGUGGAUGGUAGUGAAUCAGGGGAAACACCACAUAGUAUGAUGGGGAAGCCCCCACAUAGAGAUGAUUACAGAACAAAACGUUCCAGUAACUUAAUGUCGACCCCUGGAAAGCAUCAACAUAGAAACAACAUUUCAUUCAUGGAUGGCGACAAUGGAUUCAAUUGGUUCACUGUCAAACAAGCGGGGCAAAUUAUUGACGUUCUGAAAAAUUUGUUACAACCAUCUGUGUUAAACAAUCUUGAUGUGACUCUCUCAUCGAUGGGGAAUGACCCACAGGGGAAAUACCCCCCACUACACUAUUCAUCUAUAUCCGAAGUGUUGGUUUUGUGCGCUGCAAAGUUCCUUAGAGAUGUAAUUAACGUUAAUGAACUCGAUGGUGUAAAAUGCAAGGAAUACAGCAGUGUUGCCGAAUCUAGUUUUAGCCAUGGAUAUUCAAAACUAAGCGUAAUGUUACAGAAUAAAGAGGAUCUAUUACAACAUAAACUACAAAGGUUUCUUAUGCAGUGCAGAUCAUGCGCUGCAUGCCUUGAUGCGAUACUUGUCGUUCACACAGAAGAUAAUGGGGGUUCGCAAAGUUUGUUUGAGAAGAUGACGUCAAGGUUAUUAUCAUCCGAGUCAAGUCAUGUCAUAUUGGCGCAUUUGCCUUUGCUGCAUGCGUGUUUAAAGGGCUUAGGGGUUCUAGCGAGAUCUUCCCCAAGCCAAGUUUCCCAAAUACUUUCAGUGUUGCGCGAGUUCUUACUCAAACCAGCACCUGCGUUGGUUAAACUCAAGAAACUUGAGAAAUCGGCACCACUGGGACUUAAUAACACGGAGACAUUAGGGAGAAAGGCAUCCCACACCUCUCUGAUGUCAUCGUUUGAAGACCAAGAGAAAGCUUCGUAUGCUUAUAUUAAAACUGUUGCCAUUCAAAGCAUUUGUAGAUCCUUGGAAGUUGGUUGCGAAAGUGACCACGAUUGCGUUCCAGCUUUUCUAUCCUCGCUUUCAAACGAUUUGUUCUCACCCGUCAAGCACGAGAGCACCAAACACUUGGUGAAGACACACUGCAUUGAUCUAAUGUCACGUAUUGGUGUCGCCCAUGGUUUGUCCAAUCAUCUCAUUAUACAACAGGUUGUCAGUACAUUACAGCAAAGGUUGAACUCCCCAUCGUCACCUUUGGAUAAUCUUAUCAUUGAUCAACUUGCUUCAAUAGCUUUGCUUGGUCCGGACAAACUAUACCAGGAGAUAUUAAACAUGUUGUUGCAACUUUGUGUGAAAGCAAGCUCAGCUAAAUAUGGAGUUAAGAACGAUAACGAUGCUGCUAGCUUCAGGCAUUGUUCACUUGCGACAAUCAACGCACUAGCCAAGAUAGCUUUGAACUUAGACAAGGGAAAUCCCCCAGUGGUGCAAACCCAGGGAACCCCAAUUCGUUCUCCUGCAAUAUUUGCUGACUCGCCAUUAAAAAGUCCCGAGUCACCUUCAAAAGCUCCCGAGUCACCCCCAAAGUCACGACUCGAAGCACUCUUGAUGAAACUUCUUGAACUUUUCGUCCAACUUUGUCUCGAAGGAAAGCGCUCUGUUGACCGUGUUGGGACCACUAAUGGAGGACAGGUGUCGGGUAUAUUGAAGGCUUCUAACAGCGCUGGGAACUUGGGUGUUCUUAUCCCCAUUAUAGCAGUGCUUCUCCGUCGUCUACCCCCCAUCUACUCACCAACACCAAGGCUUCAUAAACUCUUCAGGGAUUUCUGGCUUUACUGCGUCGUGUUUGGAUUUGCUACUGAACCAGAUGGUUACACCCAAAGCUUCUGGCCACCUGAAUGGCACAACGCUGCUUGUGAGAUAUCGGUAAAGUCACCCCUUCUAAUAUUCCCUGCUGGUGAUCCAUUGAGGAAUGGAUUGCGUUACAACUCAGCAUUGAAGAAUGACACAGUAACACCGGGCGAACUAAACGAACUACGAACCUUAAUCUCGAACCUUCUUGGCAACUCUGCUGAAAUAUCGGGUCUGAUAAACUCGAUGGACUUUGCUUUAUGUACAUAUCUACUGUCUGUAUAUAGAUUAGAGAGAUUGAGAGUGCUACACAGUGUUGAGUAUUCCCCACACGUAUUAUUCACGUACCUAGAAGACCAAACCAUUCAAAAAGAUAAAUCACAAAUGUGGAAGUGCAUCAAAUCUGUGGCGGAUUGUGUGUUUGCUGUUUUCCUGGAUAUAAUUGCUUCCAAGGUUAAAACCUCCAGCACAGAAACACUAUUGGUUGAACAAGCCCAGUUUCUCCUUAUAAAGUUCAACAGCGCACAGAAUAGAAUACGACAAGUGGCUGACAGCUACUUAUCCCGAUUAGUGGAUCGCUUCCCCCAUGUUUUAUGGAACCAAAGAUUUCUAUUUACGAUGCUAAACCUUCUGCACCAGCUCUCGUCCACUCUGGUUCCCCACCGUUUCUCCGAGAUCCCCCCCAUCCUAAUCAACGGCACCCACCACCACCUCCAUUUGCAAGACUCUCGUAAGAUGCGAGAGAAACUCGUCGAGGAUUUCACCAAACAUUGUCGUCACAUCCUCAAGGAGGCGCUAAAGUGGGCGCCUGCUACUACAGCGAGUCAUCUGCAGAACUACCUACUACAAGAUGAAACAACUACAACACACAACAAGCACGUUGGCGUGUCUGUGGCAGCGGAAGCUUUAUACAGCAACAAACAAACGGAAAAACCAAAUAUUUCGGUCGGCCACCGGAGGAAUAAAUAUCUUGGGGAGAUUUCUGGUAUGAUUAAACUGGGUAAAUCAUCACAAUUGAACCUUUGUGAUGUCAUAAUAAAAGAAUACAAGAGUGCAUUGAAAGAAAACAAUGAAACUGAAAUUAUGAAUUCGAUAUACCGAGCAACAGCACUGCUAGUGGCGAAUAAAGAAGAAAGCAAGCGCGAGAUUCUGCAUUUAAUCGCAUGGUGUUGUGUAGAUAGACUAACAGUUCCCAUCAUCGAAUGCGCCAUCGAGUGUUGGCAAUGGCUGUUAUCCUCACGUCCUAACCUCAACGUAUCAUGUAUGAGUGAAAUAACCUCAGCAUGGCAGGCAACCAUUGACCAUAGAAUGGGUGUAUUCGCCCCAGAUAAGGACGAAGGGGACCCACUAGCGGUGUCUGAGGACCACAUACCCCACCCCGCACCUCCGUGUUGUAAACCACAUUCACUGUGGAUUAAGUUUCUCCAGCAUAGAUUAGACGUGGUAAAAUACAGCAGUGUUGAAGAAACCAUGAUCAUAGUGGGUUUAGUGCAUCGUACGUUACCCAUACUACAACCUGGUUGUGGAAACUAUCUGUCAAGACACAUAUCAUCAGUUGGGGCGCGAUGUGACCUUCUUAGCCUAUCCUUCACCAUGCUACACAGUGUGGAUGUGAAUGCGUCAAAACUGCAGAAGAAUUUCUUAAGGGAAAGGAUCUAUCUUUCAAUGUUCGACUAUUUCUGCUCUCCGCGUAAAUUUCCGGCCCAAAAAUCCGACGAGCUUCGUAACGACAUCAACUCAUGUUUGCGGUUGUGGCAUUUCGUCCACACCGAUCGUAAGCACCUCGUGCCCGAUCGUGGGUCCCCUGGUAUCACCCCGAUGAGUGGGACCCUUAGAAAGGUACCCAGUCAUACAGCGCUGUCGGGGUUAUCCGGGGGCAGUGGGGGUAAAGGGACAGUCCCAGCGGGGAUGAAUCUGUUACAUGGAACGCCCUCAAUGAAAAGUUUCCAAGUUGACACCUUGAGCCCGGACCUCGCAUCCUUGUCGAGCGCGACUAUGGCCACCGGAGGCAGUGGUUGGAUGAAUACGGUUCCCAUGGCAACCAGUAGAAGGUCCACGUAUGCUCCGAGUAAGAGGAGUUCGAAGAAAGGGAAGGGUGAAACGAUAGCCGCCCGUGAAAUGAUGAAGAAACGCACCCUUCUAAUGUAUUUAGUGACAGCUGAGUUGGAUCACCUUAUAACAUGGUAUAAUCCAACAUCUGGUAGUGAGAGGGUGGUGGAAGCUGAAGCUACUGUGGCUGCAUGGAGGUCGCAGGAGAUCACUGACCGUCAGAUGAAAGAAAUGGUUCGUUUAUCAUGGGAGGUAUCACCCAUGCUGUGCGUGUUUCUCACCGAUAGGUUGCGGAACUCAGAAUCGCUCGUGCGUGAAGUAUCAAGGUUGGUCAGGAGCAACCCACAGGCUGCCCAACAUUGUCCCGAGGCUAUCAAAUACCUUGUGACAUCACAGACGGUUGAUUCUGAUUCUCCAGAGCUCCACCAUGUGGUAACAUGGGCGUUGGGUUCGCCAAGUACCGCACUGUCCUAUUUUUCAAGGUUAUUCAGUCCCCACCCACUAACAGCUCAAUACUCGGUGAAAGUGAUGCGAAAGUUUCCACCCGAAGCGAUUUUGUUCUACAUUCCCCAACUUGUACAAUCCAUAAGAUACGACACGAUGGGUUACGUACAAGAUUACCUUAUUUGGGCAUCAGGUAAAUCACAAUUGUUGGCACAUCAAAUUAUUUGGAACAUGAAGACAAACAUAUAUGUGGAUGAAGAUGCUCAUCAGAAGGACCCAGAGAUAGGCUCCACACUUGAGCAAAUUAUUGAAACAAUUAUCUCCAAACUAUCGGGGCCCUCGCAAGACUUUUAUCGUCGUGAAUUCAAGUUUUUCUCAGAUGUUACAGCGGUUUCUGGUACGAUUAAACCUUUCCCUAAAGGCCCAGAGCGAACGGCUGCGUGUUUGGAAGCGCUAGCUGGUAUUGAGGUGUUAGAGGGUUGCUACCUCCCCAGUUCCCCCGAGUCCCUGGUGCUCGACAUCGACCGUAAGAGUGGAACCCCGUUACAAAGCGGGGCUAAAGCUCCUUAUUUGGCAAAGUUCCGGGUCGUCGAGUGCGGGAUCAGUGAAGUGGAACGACUCGGUUCAAUGACAACCCCAUAUGAAUUGCCGAGCGCCGAGAACUUAUCGUGGCAAGCCGUGAUAUUCAAAGUAGGCGACGACUGUAGGCAAGACAUGCUCGCGUUACAAGUUAUUCAGCUGUUUCAGAAUAUCUUUAAACAGGUAGGGUUGGAUUUAUAUUUAUUCCCGUAUCGAGUGGUGGCCACCGCACCCGGUUGUGGCGUGAUUGAGUGCAUCCCUGAUUCAAAGUCAAGAGACCAACUUGGAAGGCAAACCGCUAUCGGGAUGUACGAAUACUUCCGCAACAAAUACGGCGACGAGAAUUCUCCCAAGUUCCAAACAGCUCGUCGUAACUUUGUGAAGAGCAUGGCAGCUUAUAGCUUGGUGUUGUUUAUACUUCAGAUUAAGGACCGUCACAAUGGCAACAUAAUGUUGGACCAAGAAGGCCACCUCCUCCACAUAGACUUCGGGUUCAUGUUCGAAAGUAGUCCCGGGGGCAACCUUGGAUGGGAACCCGAUAUUAAACUUACUGAGGAGAUGGUGAUGAUAAUGGGGGGGAAUAUGGAUGCACCCUCGUUCCAGUGGUUCAUGGAGUUGUGCGUCCAAGCGUAUCUCGCUGUACGACCGUACCGUGAAGACAUUGUGUCGUUGGUGUCCCUCAUGCUGGACACGGGACUCCCAUGUUUCCGUGGCAACACCAUUAAGUUGUUAAGGACGAGGUUUCAACCAUCGGCUUCGCCCAAGGAGGCCGCGCAGUUCAUGGUUAAGGUUAUCCGUGAUUGCUUUUUAAGCAAAUGGAGCCGAACGUACGAUAUGAUCCAGUAUUACCAAAACCAGAUUCCUUAUUACUGAAAAUUAGCGCAAAAUUUUCAAGGUAAAAAUUUUUGGGGCGAAAUUAUGCAAAUUAUGUUGAAAAUCUAAAUAUUUUUUAAAAACAUUGUUUUAAAUUAAGUUGUUUUUAGUAUAAUAUGUAUAAGAAGUUAUAAUUGGUGUUUGUGGUGGCUUUGUGUGUUAGUUAUAGUACAACCAAAAAAUUCGUAGUUUUGAAAAAAGAUUAUUUUCAACCAAAUAUUUAACUUUAUUUAUCUUCAAAGUGAAAUUAUGAUGUCAUAAUGAGGUUUAUUACACUGUCUAUUAACAAGAUACCUGUGAUGUAUUUUAAAAUAGAAAUAUUAUAUAAUGCAAUAAUAUUAUAUUUUUAUGUUGUGUUUGUUUUAAAUUGGAAUUGUUACAAAGACACUGCCGUGUAUGAUGUCAUAAACACAAGUGUUUAUUCAACAAUCAGAAAAUAUUUUUAUGGCACUUUAUGCAAAUUAGGCUGAUUUUUAUGAUUUUAAAUUUUCUUCCCAAUAAUUUUACGGUGAAAAGGUGCAAUAUUACGUCAUAAUCGGUUAGCAUUGUGAUGUCAUAAGUGGGUCUUUUCAAGUGAUUGUUGCAGAAUAAAUGAAGCAUUAUUAUGUGA